AGGUUCAACUUUAAAUUUGAUAAAUUAAUAGUUAUAAGGUUUAGUAUUCAAACUUAUAUUACACUUCAUAAAAAAAAAAGAUGAACAUUUUAAGGAUAAUUUUAAUUAUUGUUCAAAUUGUAUUUUUAGUACAAGGAAUACGAAAUGUAAAACCUGAAGGUCCAUGUGAACCAGGAGAAUUAGUAUUUGUUGGAUAUUGCAAUUUAUGUAAAUGUAACAAUCAAGGCAUACCUAAUCAAAUUUGUGCUAAAUCUUGGUGUUCAGUUAAUACAACAUUUCCAAUUACAGUUCAAUCAAUAAAAACUAAAUGAAUCAUGUACCUAUUUUAUUUCAAAAACAUAAAAGUUAACUAAUAUUUCGCAGACAACUUACAUUCUUCAAAUGCAUUCAAUCCUUCACCACAUUUACAAAAUUAUUGAAAAAAAUAUAUAUACUAA